AUGGCUUCCCGUGCUUUAUACAAGACAGUUUCCUCUGCUAGAGGCAUUGCAUCUCGUCAAAACUGCUUUCUUAGACCUCUGUCAACUGUCAACUCUUUGAAACAAGCACAACCUUCUACCUCAAAUGAAAAGAUUACUCCUGAAUCACUUGUUCCCCCCACAUCUACACCUCUCAAAAAGCCUAUUCGCCAAGCAGUUGCAUCAGCCGUCGAACCCAUCACACCAUACAACAUGACCAUCUCCAAGUUAAUGGCAGCCGGCCUUCAUCUUGGACACUCCACCAGCUUAUGGGAGCCUGCCACCCUUCCUUUUAUUUUUGGUACUCGUGAAGGUAUUAGUAUCAUUAACUUGGAGCACACCCUGGUCUAUUUGAGAAGAGCUUGCAACGUUGCUCGUGAAGUGGCACUUCGUGGUGGUUCCAUCUUGUUUGUCGGUACUCGCCCCGGCUUCCAAGAUUUGACCAUUGAGGCAGCACGUUACUGUGAUGGGUUUCAUGUGUCUUCCAAGUGGAUUCCCGGUACAUUGACCAACAGACAUCAAGUGUUGGGUCGUCAUGCACCACCAGACCCAGAGGAUCCUGGACGUCCACCAAAGACCUACAAGCCUGAUUUGAUUGUCUUGUUGAACCCAUUGGAACACAAAAUUGCAAUUUCAGAAGCUCAAUUGAACAACAUUCCCAUCAUUGCCAUUACAGAUACAGACUACGAUCCUCGUCUUGUGUCAUAUCCUAUUCCUGCCAACGAUGAUUCGAUUAGAGGUGUCGAAUUGGUCGCCAAGGUCUUGUCAACUGCUGCAAGGGACGGAUUACAUAGAAGAAAGCAAUUGCUCGAUCAAAAGGAGAAGGAAAAGAAAUUGCUUAGAAAGCAACACUCUACCAAAUAUUAA